AUGAAUGGAGUUGUUGAGGCUACAAACAAUUACGUCAAGAGGAUACUACGCAAGGUGAUCGAUAAUAACAGAUAUUGGCAUGAAAAGCUACCAUUCGCACUAUUGGUAUAUCGUACCACAAUCAGAACUUCUACUAGGGCUACGCCUUAUUUUCUGGUAUAUGGUAAUGAAGUUGUGAUACCUGCUGAAGUAGAGAUACCAUCUCUAAGGAUUAUUCCGGAAGCAGAGCUGAGUGACGCUAAAUGGAUACAAAUUCAAGCAGAGAAUCUGGAAUUAAUAGACGGCAGAAGAAUUAACGCCAUGUGUAAUGGUCAGAUCUAUCAAAAUAGAAUAGUUAGAGCUUUCAACAAGAAGGUUAGACUCAAAAAUUUCUCUCAUGGGCAACUAUUGAAGAAAAUUUUCCUAAAUCAAGAUGAAUCAAAGGGUAAAGUCUCACCGAACUGGAAAACUCCAUACAUUGUCUCUCGAGUAAUGACAGGCAGUGCCCUCAUACUUGCAGAAAUAGAUGGAGAAGUUAGGCCCAAAUCUAUCAACUCAGAUUCGGUUAAGAAAUAUUACAUCUAA